AUGGGUAUAGAGAAUGUGAUAACAGGAGGACUUGCAGUAAUAAACUGGCCUUUGUACGAGGGCAUGUUGUUGAGGGAAGGACAAAGGGAAGAUGGCAAGGACCGUGAUAGUCAAAGCAUUUGUCUUAGCUUUGACUGCUUUGCACUUGUUGUAUUGAAAGAUAGAACCAAUAUAUUGAUACAAUGGGCAUAA